AUGGGCAGUCAACACACUGGACUUCCAAGAACCCGAUCAGCUGGGUACAAACUUGCCCCUACCAGGCAGCUUGCCUCAGUUUCCGCCGCCCGGGAUGGCCCUGCAGCAAGCAGGGCUCUCGCUGGUGGUUGCCAGGGGACCCUAGCCCCGGGUGUGCAGCAGGACCAGCUGUGGAGGGAGCUUGUGGAAGCCGAAGCAAGAGGCCAGCGGCGUUGGGAAAUAAGAAGGAGCCUCGGGAGCUGCCUGCAAGUGUGCCCUUCUUCUCAGACACCGUCCCCUGCUCCACGAGCCGGGAGGUGGGCAGCAGGGUGGACACACCCCUGGGGAGAGCCCUCAGCCACAUGGACUUCUUCUUUGUGGAAGGCACACGGAAGAAGAAGCCAGAGGAUGAGCUGCAGCCUGUGUAGAGGAGCUCUCAGGACUGGCCACAGCAGGUGGUUUCUUGGACCAACAGGUGCCUGGCUGGGCUGGCCAACGAGCCCAGGCUGUUCAGCACCAGAGUACCAGGGCCAGCCGAACCAAGAGAGCCUGCAGACAUACAGUAUCUGCUUCACUCUGAAGGCCACAGCCAACCCCAUAUACCCUCUGCCUCUGCAUCAUCUUCAGGCUCUCCAAGAAGGUGCCUGCUUCUGA